ACCGUGCAUGUUGACAUAAGGAAUUAGCUUAGCCCUGGGUUUUAGGAAACUUGGCAGGGCAAGUAUUUACCCUUCGUUGCGGGGGCACAGGCGCCCAGAGUAGCCAUGGUCUUCUCGGGGGCCUUUAACACGCCUAGCUCGACCACUGCCAGGGAGCCAUACGCCAAGACAAAGUCAUCAGAGGCGGAGUAUGGUGUCGACACGCCUGUCCCGGCGUCCGCGCUGAAGGCUGCGGACAAGCACGACGCGCUGGCCUAUGCUGUCGCGAAUGCGCCCCUCAUCGGCCUCGCUGGUCUGGCCGCUGGCGCCCAGGAGGCAUAUAUGACAUUUGAGCGCCUGCCGCCCACACUCUCUCGCCAGCACUUCAAGCAGGCGCAGCUGCUGCUGGGCAUCAUCGGUAAGAAGACGGCGUACGCGACGUUGCUGGGCGCUGUGUUCAGCUUCACGGACGCCACGGUGGAGAACAUGCGGGGCAAGCACGACAUGACCAGCGGCAUGGUCGCGGGUGCCGUCACCGGCUUCCUGUUCGGCAUGGGGCGGCCCAUGCCGCAGCCGGUGGCGUGGCCGCUGGCUUUCGCGGGCGCUGCCGUGGCCGCGGACUUCAUUGGCGAGCUGAUGCCCAAGUACAUGAAGGACUACCGCAUUUACGGCCCCGUUGUGCACCGCGAGAACUGGGGCGACCCGGUGCCGCCGCGCCCGCCCAUCCUGGACACCGGCGCCGCCGUGCGGCCCAGCGACCCUGGCCAGUUCUGGCGCGGGUACUAAAUUGCUGUACUUCCGCGCGUGUGAUCGUCGUGGCACGCGUAAGCGCCCGAUGCCGCUGCGUGCCAGGUGCACGUUGAGCUUAUCUCGUGGUGUAAGGAUAUCGCAAAGCUAUACUGUUGGGGCACUUAUGGGCUAACGCAAGUCUAGGGGUGUGAGGAUGACGGAAAGUUUGGGAAUUAAAUCUUUAGUAGCGGCAGAUGUCGGGACUGGAGGACUGGAGGGGCUGCCGUUGGUAGCCGACAGCUUUUUGGUGCGGGAAGGACUAACGGUGUGCGGUGGCUGAGCGUGCCGACCACCGCAUCCACGCUAGUGCGGCAUUAGGUCCUCUCACAAAUGAUGGGCGUUGCUGUCGCUUGUAAUACAGAUUGGUGGU